GUUGACAUUCUGUCGUGGAGGAGCACGGUAGCUUAGCUAACAGCUAGCAACAUACAUGUGGAGGGUACAACGGGAGGCAACCCCAACCCGAACUCUGUCAAAUUUCCCCCGUCCGAGCCGUAAACUACUCAGAACUUCAUUCACAUUGAAACUAAGGAAUAACAGUAGUUGACAAUGAAAGGCCGGAUCGAGCUGGGGGAUGUUACACCCCACAACAUUAAACAGUUGAAACGCCUCAACCAGGUCAUCUUUCCUGUCAGCUACAACGACAAAUUCUACAAGGAUGUGCUCGAAGUGGGAGAGCUCGCCAAACUAGCAUACUUCAAUGAUAUCGCAGUGGGGGCAGUAUGCUGCAGAGUGGAUCACUCUCAGAACCAGAAGAGACUGUACAUCAUGACACUGGGAUGCCUAGCACCCUACCGCAGAUUAGGCAUAGGAACGAAGAUGCUAAACCAUGUGUUAAACAUCUGUGAGAAGGACGGCACCUUUGACAACAUUUACCUUCAUGUGCAGAUCAGCAACGAGUCAGCCAUCGACUUCUACCAGAAGUUUGGCUUUGAGAUCAUCGAGACGAAAAAGAACUACUACAAGAGGAUAGAGCCGGCGGACGCCCAUGUGCUUCAGAAGAGCCUGCGCAGCCAGUGUACCACGCCCCCUGGUGGAGAGCUGCAGAAGGCAGAGUAGAGGCUUCGGCAAGAGCUUGGUGGUGCCCCGCCUCCCCAAAAACGGAACUGUGACAGAUGCCGGAGGGUCGACACGUUCGCCACUUUCUUUAAAGGACGUUAAAAAGAGAAAAAGAAAUUCAAAGUAUAAAAAAAAAAACAUUACAUGGCUGCAUUUUUAUUUUGCAAGAGAAUCAAAUGAUAAGUCCGCAAAAUGUUCCAUUUAUUUUUAUUUUUACUCAUUUUCUUCAUUUAGAGAUUUGAAAAACAAAGGGUUCAGAAUCCCAAAGUUCUCUGAAAAGCUGCCACCUUAAGACAGUUUCAACAUGGUGGGGUGGGUUCUGUAUUUGCAAAUCAUACUGUUUGUUUUAAAUGUGGUUAUAAAGAAAAGGGGACAUUUCUGUUUGGAAAAAACAAAACAAUAGAACUGAAGAGGGGAAAAUACUUUACAGUAAGAGACUAUCGUUGACAAAGGAAGUCCCCAACUGGCAAACUUGAUUUAUUGAGACCUCAUUGUGACACAUUUGGGACACUCAACUCAACCCCGCUCAGCACCUGAGCCCAGGGACUUGUGGAAAGAGUUUUUACUUGUGGAUUCUGGCAAUAUGCAAAGUGUGAGCCUUGCACUGUGAUGCAAUGCCUCCUUGAAUAUGGCAAUGCUCUGACACCAGUCCAGAGGGGGGGGGGGGGGAGAGGAGGAAAGCGCGCCCGACAGAGUGGGCAUGAGGAAGGAUGAACGGUUUUGAGGUUUUGGGUGAUUUUAGGGAGUGGAUUUCCACUAGGGGUCGAUCGAUUAUCAGUCUGACCGAUAUUUUGAUCCGAUAUUCAUUUUUAACAAUCGAAAUCGUUCUUUUGUCUGAUAUAACUGCCGAUAAAAUACUUAGUAUUAAAUGCGCUUCGCUGGCAGCCGCAUCUUUCUGAACGAUUUCUGCUUGUAUUGCUCAAUGUCCUACCUGCAGAAUUAUCAGAUGGCACAAGUAAAUAGCCAAUCAACACUGUCAUAUUUGUGAGAGAGACGUGGGAAAGAAGAACGCAGAGAGAUAUAUGGCUAAGACGAGAGGUAAGAAUACUCACGUUGGCACAAAUAUCACCCUAAUCGUUUUCUAUGACAAUACCCAGUUUUGGUUUUUUUGUAGACAAACGUAACUCCACCGAAAAUGCCUGAACUAAUGUUUUAGUGCAGUCUACUAGCAGAAAAACUGACUGGAAAACGAUUUUUUGGGACCCACGUGUAAUAAGGCAAAGAUGAUAAACCAUCCACAUCUGAUAUGCAAAAGUUCCUGCCGAAUGGUUUUUGUUGCAGUAAAAUAUGGCUAACGCUGAUGUUGAGUUUUUUUUUUAUGCAGUGAUGUUUUUGUGUAACAACGUCAGUACGAAUGCAAUUAGAUAGCUAACGUUCUUAGUAUGGUUACAAUAUAUUAGAGAAUACUUGCCCGUAUUUAAGUUUUUACAUGAUGAUGGUAGCUAGGUUUAGCAGAAGUAACGUCAACUCUACUAACGUAAGAGAUUUCACCUCCGUUGUGAGGAAAUUCUGUUGCCUAUAAUUUGCAAUUUACUGGCUACCUAGCAAACAACAUGAACCUGAUCGUUGAAUUAAUUAGCAAACGUUUUUUGAAUGCGAUAGUUAGUGUAACUUUAACACGUUUAUUUGUUUACCGUUAAUUUGGUCAGCCGUCUGGCAAAAAUCUUGACAUAACAUUAAUUCUUGCACGUCUCUUAUACCAAGGCUGGUCAUGCUCUUAAACGCAAUAGCAGAAAUACUCGCCAGUAAUAAUGUUGUUUGGAUCCCUGUUAUGAUGUUACUACAUUACGUUCAAAGGAUUGGAACCACGUACACACAAAGGAUUUCCAAUGCUUUUGUACUGUAAUAAGAGAAGCAUUUUUGUGCUUUAAGCAUUUUUUCUUUUGACCCUCUUAACUUUCUCUUUUGAAACUCUCCCUUUCAUUGCAAAUGGCAACACCACAGAAAAGUCAAAGUUACAGAAACGUUUUACUUAAUUCAUUUAUACAGGAAAGAAACCUGGCAAAGAUUGUAAAAUGUACCUGAUUUGGGAAGCUAUUUAGUUUAUUUUUUUUCUAUAUGAAAUUUCAGUUCACAAGAAAUGCUGCUAGGAGAUCCCUGCACUUUAUUCUUCAAAAUAUGUUUCAACCUUUCUGUUUUCUAGUACUCAAUAUUUUGACAGCAAACAAAUCAUUUUUACCGUAAAUAUAAAUCGGACCCAAAUAUUGGUCAUCGAUCUCCUUGAUCACUAAUAAUCGGAAUCGGCCCUGAAGAAAAACAUAUCGGUCGGCCCCUAAUUUCCACACUUUGUUUCAGAAUGAUUUUGUUUCUCAACCCAUCUAUUUAAUUCCCUCUUCAGCUUUUAUUUCCUCAUAAGGUUAUAAUUUUAAAAAUAAUUUUACACAUUGAGAUCCCGACAGUUUCAGUGCUUCUCCUGGGCCUGUCACAGAUGCUGUGUGAGAGUUUGGGUAACCUUCAGAGAGAUCAGUAUAAGGCAAAAGUCUGGCUGUGUUCUCUCACAGACAGCCCAUUUCAGAUAUUUUUUUCUUCCUCACUAAUUGGUAAUUGCCCGAUCACAUCAGAUAUUUUUUCAUCCCAUCUUUUCUAGAGCAUGUGAAAGUCAGGAUUAGGCCGCGUUUGAGGAUAUUGACUUUUGUCAACGGUGACAGCGAACAUAAUGUCUAGCAGGGGGUACCUGUCUGUUUAAGGACUACAACAGUUGAACUGACCUACUAUGAUGGAGGUAUUUGCUUGGGAGGUCAUGAGUGAGAUUACUUCUGAUUAGAUUGGUACUUCAUGGGUAGCCUUAUGAGCAGUUGGUUACCACGGCUGACCUUUAGUGGCCCUCCAAUAGGACCCCAAGCCAGUCACUACAGGCGCUAUAUCAGUAACCUAUCUGUCUGCUUCACUCAUGACCACCUCCAUCUGUUGACUGCUGUAGGACAGCUGUGUGUUGGUUUGGGAGUGUCCUUUCUGCAGGACCCCUCAAAAGCAGAAGCCCAGGAGAAACCCUAAUGCACUGCAUGCUUGGAGAGUAGUGCCCUUUCCACUGUAGUCAAAGCAUGUUUUGUUUUCUUUCUUUGAAGAAUUUUAUCUUUUCUGGAGCUCUAUAUUGUAAGACUUUUUAACCUCUAAAUAAAAGAUACUAUUUGCA